UAUAAUCUUACAAACGAAUUCGUCUUUAGAUGUUGUGCUCUCAUCCGGUUUACUAUUUUAUGACUCCAGUGCUGUUUCCAGUGUUGCGUACUAUGCACAAGACUUGGUUUUUCUCAAUGUUCUCAUCAUGAACACGCGUCCCGCUGUUUUAAGAAUGUCAUUUCCAACUCGUCUGAUUCCGGCUCGGCGGGUUGUGGUGACUGGCAUUGGACUUGUCACAUGCUUAGGAGUAGGAAAGGACAAAGUAUGGAACAAUCUCAUAAAAGGACAAUGUGGAAUCCGUAAAAUUGAUAAUGAAGAUUUCCCACCAAAUAUCCCUUGUAAAAUAGCAGGUUUUGUUCCUGAGGAUGUGCUGAAACCAUUCACUUCCACAGAGAAGAGACAACUGUCCGAGGGGAUGAUGUAUACACUGGUUGCUGCAGAAGAGGCAUUGACAGAUGCCAACUGGAAACCUGAAACUCCACAGGAGCAAGAGAGAACAGGUGUAACAGUCGGAAUGGGAAUGAAUGGCAUGGAAGAAAUAUACAGGACAGCUGAUCGCUUAUUUCAGAAAGGCUACAGAGAGAUCAACCCAUUCUUCAUGCCAAAGAUUCUGAUUAAUAUGGCAGCUGGACACGUCAGUCUAAAAUAUGGAUUUCAGGGUCCAAACCAUUCUGUGUCUACAGCAUGCACUACUGGCCUUCAUGCUGUUGGUGAUGCCUUCAGAUUUAUACAGAGAGGAGAUGCGGAUGUCAUGGUGGCUGGAGGUGCAGAGGAAAGCCCUAAUCCACUAUCUGUCGCAGGGUUCUCGAGGAUGAGGGCUUUAUGUACAAAGUUCAAUAACCAUCCAACAGAAGCUUCACGACCUUUUGACAAAGAUAGAAAUGGAUUUGUGAUGUCAGAAGGGGCAGGUGUUCUGAUUCUGGAGGAGAUGUCACAUGCAAUUGACAGAGGGGCCAGUAUAUAUGCUGAAGUGUUAGGCUAUGGCUUAUCAGGAGAUGCCUUCCACAUGACUGCUCCACGAACAGAUGGGAGAGGUGCUUACAGGUGUAUGUUGGCAGCCAUUAAGGAUGCUGGUAUCAGCCCCACAUGCAUUGGGUAUAUUAAUGCUCAUGCCACAUCCACUCCUCUGGGGGACAAGGCAGAGAGCCAAGCAAUAUGGAGGAUAUUUGAGCAAUGUCACCAGAAACCUUUAGUUUCUUCGACCAAAGGAGCUCUGGGACAUUUGUUAGGAGCAGCAGGAAGUGUAGAGGCAGCCAUCACAGUUUUGACCUGCCAAUCAGGAAUUGUCCCACCCACUCUCAAUCUCCACCAAUCAGACACUGGAGUAGAUCUGGAUUAUGUUCCAUUGUUGACACGUGACUGGAAAGCUGAAAUCAGGACAGCUUUAACAAAUUCCUUUGGCUUUGGUGGGACUAAUGGGACACUCUGUAUUAGAUCUUUUGAUAAAGGUUGAUGUGAUAUUGGUCAGCAUUGUUUUUUCAUGCAUUGUCAAGUUACUUAGGAAUAAGUUUAAUAGCAAUAUAUGUUACAGAACUGCUAGACAACUCGGUUCAAUAAUUUAUAUGAUACAUAUAUGUACAUGUAACCCAAUCAGGGCCAAUAACAUAUUUUGAUGUUGAAAUUCUUUCCUUAUGAUUUACGACUUGUGAAAUACAUUUUUAGGACAAAUAUUAACGAAAACAUCAACCAUUAUUGAUAUCACAAAGCUUUAUGCAGCAUUUCUGAUCCAAUGUUAGUCAACUGUCUUACUUGUAAAUUUUUCUCAUUUUCAACUUCAGAACCACUGGACCAAUAUAUGGAUGUUUUUGUAUUUACUAUUAACUUUUGCACCCUAGUUGUUCAACAUUUGAAUAAACCUGCUAAACAUCCA